UCCCCUGCCAGAUGCAUGGGGACAGAGUAUGAGAACUCUGAAGGAGGACUCUAUGUAUGCAUGAAUACAUUUCUGGCCUUUGGACGGGAACAUGUUGAAAGACACUUUCGAAAAACUGGACAGAGUGUGUACAUGCACCUGAAAAGACACGUGCGAGAGAAGGUAAGAGGGGCGUCCGGCGGAGCUCUGCCAAAACGGAGGAAUUCCAAGAUUUUUUUAGAUCUCGAUACGGACGACGAUUUAAACAGCGACGAUUUCGAAUACGAAGACGAAGCCAAACUCGUCAUAUUCCCCGACCACUAUGAAAUAGCACUGCCCAAUAUUGAGGAGUUGCCGGCCCUGGUAACAAUUGCCUGUGAUGCGGUGCUCAGCUCCAAAUCUCCUUACCGAAAGCAAGAUCCAGACACAUGGGAGAAUGAAUUGCCAGUGUCCAAAUACGCCAACAACCUCACCCAGCUGGACAAUGGAGUCAGGAUUCCUCCAAGUGGUUGGAAGUGUGCCAGGUGUGACCUGCGGGAAAACCUGUGGUUGAAUCUGACAGACGGCUCCGUCCUGUGUGGGAAAUGGUUCUUCGACAGCUCCGGGGGCAACGGGCAUGCACUGGAGCAUUACAGAGACAUGGGCUACCCACUGGCUGUGAAGCUGGGAACCAUCACUCCCGAUGGGGCAGAUGUUUAUUCUUUUCAAGAAGAGGAGCCUGUCUUAGAUCCUCAUUUGGCCAGGCACUUAGCACAUUUUGGAAUUGACAUGCUUCACAUGCACGGGACCGAGAACGGGCUCCGGGACAAUGACAUCAAGCCGAGAGUCAGCGAGUGGGAGGUCAUCCAAGAGUCGGGGACAAAGCUGAAGCCCAUGUACGGCCCCGGCUAUACGGGGCUGAAGAACCUGGGCAACAGCUGCUAUCUCGGUUCGGUCAUGCAAGCCAUCUUCAGCAUCCCAGAGUUCCAGAGGGCGUAUGUAGGAAACCUGCCAAGAAUAUUUGACUACUCUCCUUUAGACCCAACGCAAGAUUUCAACACACAGAUGACCAAGUUAGGACACGGCCUUCUCUCGGGCCAGUAUUCAAAACCCCCGGUGAAAUCUGAGCUCAUUGAACAGGUGAUGAAGGAGGAACACAAGCCUCAACAGAAUGGGAUCUCACCACGCAUGUUUAAAGCCUUUGUAAGCAAGAGCCACCCAGAGUUCUCAUCGAAUAGACAGCAAGAUGCCCAGGAGUUUUUCUUGCACCUGGUCAAUCUAGUAGAGCGGAACCGCAUUGGCUCAGAAAAUCCAAGUGAUGUUUUCCGGUUCUUGGUGGAAGAACGGAUUCAGUGCUGUCAGACCCGGAAAGUCCGCUACACGGAGAGGGUGGAUUACCUGAUGCAGUUACCGGUGGCCAUGGAGGCAGCAACCAACAAAGAUGAGCUGAUCGCCUAUGAAUUGACGAGAAGGGAAGCGGAAGCAAACAGAAGACCCUUGCCCGAGUUGGUUCGGGCCAAGAUACCUUUCAGCGCCUGCCUUCAGGCCUUCUCGGAACCAGAGAACGUAGAUGACUUCUGGAGCAGCGCCCUGCAAGCCAAGUCCGCGGGCGUGAAAACAUCCCGCUUUGCCUCCUUCCCCGAAUACUUGGUAGUGCAGAUAAAGAAGUUCACUUUUGGUCUUGACUGGGUUCCCAAAAAAUUUGACGUUUCUGUUGACAUGCCAGACCUACUUGAUAUCAACCAUCUCCGAGCCAGGGGGUUACAGCCAGGAGAAGAGGAACUUCCAGACAUCAGUCCCCCCAUCGUCAUUCCUGAUGACUCAAAAGAUCGUCUGAUGAACCAGCUGAUAGACCCAUCAGACAUCGAUGAGUCAGCAGUGAUGCAGCUCGCUGAGAUGGGCUUCCCUCUCGAAGCCUGUCGGAAGGCCGUGUACUUUACCGGAAACAUGGGGGCUGAGGUGGCCUUCAACUGGAUCAUUGUUCAUAUGGAAGAGUCAGAUUUUGCGGAACCGCUGACCCUACCUGGCUAUGGAGGAGCAUCUUCUGCUGGAGCCUCAGCUUUUGGUGCUACUGGCUUGGAUAACCAGCCUCCAGAGGAAAUUGUAGCCAUCAUCACCUCCAUGGGGUUCCAGAGAAACCAAGCUAUUCAGGCACUUCGAGCCACGAAUCAUAAUCUGGAGAGAGCCCUGGAUUGGAUCUUCAGUCACCCCGAGUUUGACGAGGACGGCGACUUUGUGCUUGAGAUGGAGAAUAACGCCAACGCAAACAUUGUUUCCGAGGCCAAGCCGGAAGGCCCUCGGGUCAAGGACGGAUCUGGAACAUAUGAAUUAUUUGCAUUCAUCAGUCACAUGGGAACAUCUACAAUGAGUGGCCAUUAUGUUUGUCAUAUCAAGAAAGAAGGAAGAUGGGUGAUCUACAACGACCACAAAGUUUGUGCCUCAGAAAGGCCCCCGAAAGAUCUGGGCUACAUGUACUUUUACCGCAGGUUACCCAGCUAAACCUCACAUGCACACAAGUCGGCGAGAGAAGCCAUACGCCUUUUUGAUUUGCCAAAAAGAAAAGACAAGUUGGGAUGGCCAGAGAUGAAGGAAUACAUGGGGUAUUUAUAGUUUUAUUUCAAGAGCCCGACGAUCAUUUGACGCCUUCUGAAACAGCACUGGGAAGAGAUUUUCUAUUAGUGAUGAGAUGUUACUGUAGAUAUUUUUUCUUUUUAUAAUUGCUAUAAAUGUUCAAAGAGAGGAUCAUUAAAAAAAAAGUAUUCAUAUUGCUGGUGGGGCCUGCCUCCAGCUGAUCACAAGUGGGAACGUGCCACCAGCCCCCUCUGUCGCUUUGUGGUCCACUGGGGGGUGAGAGGGCGGGGCUCCAGAGAAACCAGUUAUGUGGCCUGUGCUGUGGCCUCACCCACCAUCAGAUAUCAGCUCCGAGGCGACGCCGUAUUUGUGACAUAUUUUUUCCCCAUUAUAUCUGAUAAUUUCAGACCUAUCCAUGUAUAUAAUAAGAGCAUCUGCGAUGAAAGAUAUUUUUAAUUUAGAUUCUAUCAAAAUUCGUAAUAUGAUCGUGUGAAUGUGUGUGCGAAUGAAAGGGAGUCUGAGACCUUGAUUGUUGACCGGAAACAUCUGUGAUGGGUUGCUUUUUAAAGGCCCAAACAGUUGGCUGGAAAGAGGAAGAAAACAUUUUAAAGAAACUCUAACUCAGGAACCGUUAAACACAAAUUAGUUUCGCCCUUAGAUUUAAGGUGUGAAAAGGGCUGAGUUAUCCCUGCCAGGGCUGGGAAGCAGUUGCUUACGAUUGUGCCCCCUGGUGGUCUCGCACGGGGGACCUGCCCACAGCUGCACAGUGCUGUCCUUGGCCAAAGGUCGAUGCCUUUUCUUUUUUUUUUUUCCACCCCCAGAGUGGUCCUUUGUGGGUGACACAGCUGAUUUCUUCUCACCGCAACACACGACAGAUGUUCUGGAUUCGGGUUAUGCGCCCUAAAUUUGUCGGUCCCUUUCCCAUCUCUGAGCUCCAUUUCUGUUUUCGGGGGCCAGAGUCCUCUCUCUAUCCUACCCGGUUUCAUUACCUCCUGACCUGACUUGCCUUCAACGUUUGUCUGCUGUGGUCAGUCGUGAGAUUUGGGGCACUUUUAAGAAUUUUCAGAUGCAAAGAAAUUUUCCUUUGUCUAUUUUCUAAUUAGGGAAGGCCAUUCUGUUCAUUUUGGUAUUAUGGGUGCAACCUGGGGUUAGAUCAGAAUUUCAAAUGCUGUGAAAAAACAAACAAACCCCCAAAACCAAACCAAACAAAACUGAAACCAAAAACGCACGUAGAACUCUGGCAUCCUAUAUCCGAAUUUUUCGAAGACUCUGCACCAAAUUCCAGGGUGCAUCUCCCGAGUUUCGAUUUCAGGUCACUCAGUCAAAUGAAAAAAGGUUUUCUUGCUGACUGCUUACCGUGCAUUUAUUUGGGUGAAGGACUCUUUCUAGAAGACUGUAGGAAGACAAUGUAGGACCGGUUGUAGGAACGAAAAGCACAGUAGACCAUGACCCGGUGAGUGGUGAGCAAUCGGGAUUCUUGUUCCCACGGGGCCCUUGUCUCCCAGGAGACCAGUCGGCCAUGUGAGUGAGGGCCGAGGACCCCACAACUAUCGCCGGAGACACGGUGCUGCCCCAACUAGUUGUGGACCUUGGGCAAGUCCCUCAUGCUCUCCUAGGCCCGGUCUUCAUCGCGGCUCCGUGUGCUGUGCCGCUGUGCUUUGAGGAUGCAGUGAGACAUGUGUGUUUGAUGUGUGUUUGAUGUGAUGAGCCCUUAAAGCCAGGAAGGUGGUGUGCCCAGGUGGCCCUCGAAGAGUAUGCUCCCUCCCUUCUCGCAUCCGAUGUUUUCUUCGCUCUGGGAACAAAUGAGACUUGGCAGAAGGCGGGAGCUCAUGGUGCAGUAUUCCUCUACUAACUUGGGCCCCUGGUGGCGCCUUCCGCACGGAAGCCCAUUUGUGAAGUGGCUCCACGUUGUCCGCGGGUCCUUGACUCCCGUAGAAGCCCCCAUGCUAAGCAGCCUUAUGAAAAAGCGCCCCCUUCAGGCGCAAUAUUAUAGAACCAUGGCCCCACACAUGCUUCAAAAGUGACUUGUGCUCCACCGUGUGACAAAGCCGCCUCUUUUUGGAGGGAGGGUGUUGGAAUUGCCAUGUGGCCAAACGACAGCAUGCGUAUUUUGAACACAUUAAAACUUUUAUAAUAGAACUUUGCAAAAUGAAUGGUGUAAAACCAGUAUUUCAAGCUAUCGGCUACAAGCUAUUUAAUUUCAUGAAAUAGAAAAAGGCACGUGGCCUUUUUGAUGCCUAAACAUACUGUCCAGAGGUGUAAUAUGGCUGCCUUUUUUCUCUGCCUCAUAAAACCAAGGGCUAUUUCUACAAGGCAAGGUUUUGUAUGUUUCCUUCUUAGUUUCAGAUUGAGAAUUGGGAAAAAACUGGCACAAACAAUGGGUUUUUUUUUUUUGCAUUAAAAAAUGUACUUAUGUGUAUAGCUUAAUGUAUACAAGGCUGGUUUCCUGGGAAUAAAUGUCUGGAAUGUA